UUCCACACUGAUUUUCUUGUUAGCCAAUUUCUACUUUGUCAUCAUCCUAUUGAACCAAGAAAAAACAUACAUACAUGGCUGCUGCAUUUGUAGGAGAAGCAUUCCUUUCGGCUUCGGUAGAGGUGCUAUUAAACAAGAUCGUUUCCAACGAGUUUUUAAAUUUCUUUCAUAGCAAGGAACUUGAUGUUUCACUCCUCAAAAAGCUGAAAAUAACACUGUUAAGUCUUCAAGCUGUGUUGAAUGAUGCUGAGGAGAAGCAAAUCACCAACCCUGCUGUCAAAGAAUGGCUGGAUGAGCUCACACAUGUUGUUUUUGAUGCUGAUGAUUUGCUUGAUGAGAUCAACACUGAGGCUUUGCGGUGGAAAAUCGAAGGUUGCCCUCAAAGUCAAACCAUCAUUGAUCAGGUCAUAUAUCUUUACUCUUCUCCUUUUAAACGGUUUCCGGAAGCUAUCUAUUCUAGAAUACAUGAAUUGUUUCAGAGAUUAGAGCAUUUUGCAUUGCAAAAAGACAUCCUGCAACUUAAACAAGGUGUUUCCAAUAGUAUUUGGUAUGGAAAUCCUACAAGUUCUGUUGUUGUUGAUGAAUCUUCUAUUUGUGGUAGAGAUGAUGAAAAGAAGAAACUUAAAGAGUUUUUGCUUUUAGAAGAUGGUAGUGUAAGUGGAAGUAAAAUAGGAGUGAUUUCCAUUGUAGGCAUGGGAGGGCUUGGAAAAACAACACUAGCUAAACUCCUUUUCAAUGAUCAUGAAGUAGAAGACAAUUUUGAUCUUAAAGCUUGGGCAUAUAUUUCAAAGGAUUUUGAUGUUUGUAGGGUUACUAAAGUAAUUCUUGAAUCUAUUACUUUUAAACCUGUAGACACAAAUAACCUCAACAUUCUACAAGUGGAAUUGCAACAAAGCUUAAGAAAUAGGAGAUUUUUACUUGUACUAGAUGAUAUUUGGGAUGGAAGCUAUGUUGAUUGGAAUAAUCUAAUGGACAUUUUUAGUGCUGGUGAAAAGGGAAGUAGAAUCAUUGUCACGACACGAGAUGAAAGUGUUGCAAGGUCUAUGCAAACCUCUUUUCCUAUCUACCAUUUGCUGCCUUUGGCGAGCGAAGAUUGCUGGUCUUUACUUGCCAAACAUGCAUUUGGACCAUAUAAUUGCAGAAACCGGUCGAACCUAGAAUUUAUUGGCAAAGAAAUUGUGAAAAAGUGUGAUGGCUUACCAAUAGCUGCAGUAGCACUAGGCGGUCUUCUUCGAUCCGAGUUAUCAGAAAAUCGCUGGAACAAGGUAUUAAAAAGCAACAUUUGGGAUUUACCAAAUGUUAAGGUGCUUCCGGCUUUGCUAUUGAGUUAUCAUCAUCUACCUUCUCCUUUAAAGCAAUGUUUCACUUAUUGUUCGAUUUUUCCUAAGAACUUCAUCUUAGAAAAACAGAUGGUGGUUCAGCUGUGGAUUGCAGAAGGCUUUGUACACCAGUCCAAAAGUGGAAAAACUAUGGAAGAAGUGGCUGAUGAAUACUUUGAUGAACUAGUAUCGAGGUCACUUAUACAUCGAUGGUCAGUCAAUGAUUGUGUACACUACAAAAUGCAUGACCUCAUUAAUGAUUUAGCUACAAUGGUUUCAUCUUCAUACUGUAUCAGGUAUGGCGACCGAAAGUUACAAGAAAGUGUCGAAAGAGUACGUCAUUUGUCAUAAAACAAAGGCAAGUAUAACUCUUUCAAUAAAUUUGACAGCCUCUAUGAAUCGAAACGCCUUCGAACAUUCAUAUCGUUACCAGUAAGACUAGAGUGGCUACCAGACCAACAUUAUGCUAAAUAUUUCUUAUCAAACAAGGUUUUACAUGACUUGUUAUCAGAAAUACGACCUCUACGGGUAUUGUCCUUGUCAUACUACCUUAAUAUCACCGAUCUGCCUCAAUAUCUUGGAAACUUGAUUCAUCUCCGAUAUCUGGAUCUUUCCAACACUAAAAUUCAAAGGUUGCCAUAUGAAACAUGCAAGCUCUACAAUUUGCAGACUUUGUUGUUGUCCAGAUGUUGGUUACUAAUUGAAUUGCCUGAGGAUAUGGGAAAUUUGAUCAAUCUAAGACACCUUGAUAUUUGUGGCACAAACUUGAAGUACAUGCCUUCACAAAUAGCCAAACUACAAAAUCUUCAAACUUUGUCUGCCUUUAUUGUCAGCAAAUCGCAAGACGGUUUGAAGGUUGGAGAGCUAAAAAACUUCACCAAUCUACAAGGUAAACUUUCCAUUUCAAAACUACAAAAUGUUACUGAUCCCUUUGAAGCUUUUCGAGCCAAUUUGAAAAGCAAAGAGAAAGUUGAUGAGUUAUCGUUAGAAUGGGAUUACGGUGCUACUUUGGAUACACAAAUUGAAAGACUUGUACUUGAACAACUACAACCUCCUUCAAGUUUGAAGAAACUAACCAUAAAAUCCUAUGGUGGAACUAGCUUUCCGAAUUGGUUUGGUGAUUCUUCAUUUGCUCAUAUGGUGUACUUGUGCAUAAGUGAUUGUGAUCAUUGUUGGUCACUUCCACCACUUGGACAACUACUUGGUCUCAGGGAACUAUACAUUUCUGGUUUUGCGCUUCAGAGAUAUGCCAGAGUGGGAGGACUGGAACUUGAUUGGAGAUACAACAACAGAUUUUCCAAAUUUGUUACAUCUAUCUCUAAAGGAUUGUCCAAAACUUAAAGGAACCUUACCUAUAAACCAAAUUUCCUCAACUUUUGAAUUAUCUGGCUGUCCUCUAUUGUUUCCUAACUCAAUGUUAUACUUCACAGAAAACAUACCAACAAACUUUCAUUCAUCACUUGUGCUCAACUGCACCAACUUGAUCCUAGACUUAACCCUCUCGAGAAUUCCUUCCUCGGCUUCAUUCCCUAGAGACGGUCUACCUACAACUUUGCGGUCACUCACUUUACGUGAUUGUGAGAAUCUAGAAUUCCUUCCUCAUGAAUCUUUGUGUAAUUACAAAUCACUUGAGGAAUUGGAAAUACACAAUAGUUGUCAUUCAUUGACAUCUUUUACUCUAGGCUCUCUUCCUGUGCUCAAAAGUCUUAGAAUUAUGCGUUGUGAACAUCUGAAACUCAUUUCAAUUGCGGAAAAUCCAACACAAAGUCUCUUGUUUCUUCAGUAUUUGAGCAUACGUUCUUGUUCUGAACUUGAGUCGUUUUCCACAAAUGAAUUUAGUGCGCACCUAAUCUUACCUAUUUGAAUGUGUCAAUGUGUGACAAGCUUAAUUCACUUCCAGAACCAAUCAAUAUUUUCACUGGCCUAAAACAAUUAACUAUUCAAAAUCUUCCAAAUCUUGUGUCUUUUGCAAAUGAAGGUUUACCUAUCAAUUUACGAAGUUUAAACGUCUGCAGUCGCGGAAGUUCUUGGACAAGAGCUAUCAGUGAGUGGAUUUUGCAAAGGCUCACUUUUCUUACAACAUUGCGCAUUGGAGGUGAUGAUCUUUUGAAUGCACUUAUGGAAAUGAAUGUGCCAUUGCUUCCAAAUUCUCUGGUGUCACUAUACAUAUAUAAUCUUCUUGAUGUAAAAUGCUUGGAUGGAAAGUGGCUGCAGCAUCUCACAUCUCUUGAAAACCUUGAGAUUGCAUACUGUCGAAAACUCGAAUCCUUGCCAGAAGAGGGACUUCCUUCUUCUCUUUCUGUAUUGACCAUCAAGAAGUGUCCUUUACUGGAAGCAAGUUGCAAAAGCAAUGGAGGGAAAGAGUGGCCUAAAAUUUCUCACAUUCCAUGUUUAAUUAUCAACAGACAAGUGAUCAUAUGAGUGACUAGGUGAGGUGAGUCCUUGUUUGUUUUUUGCCAUCAUCAUGUAUUAACUUUCUAAAAAUAUUCAGUUUUCAAUUUCUAAAAUCUGUGUUUAUAAAUUCCUAAGAAGUAUAUGGAAGACAAAUGUAGUCAAUAAUUGUGAUAGAGACAAGUGAUCUUAUUCGUUUUAAUAAAGUUUCUUAAAACACUAUUUUCAUUAGUCUCUUAAAGAAAUAAUGAAAAUAGUGUUUUGACUACUGAACUAUUGUAAACGAAAAUGGUGAGCGAAAUGUUGAAUUUCCAUUCUCUUA